AAGAUGGCCGGGCGCUGGGGUUCCACUUCUCCCUGCGGCGCCGAGCCCCAUUCAUUGCUCCUCUGUUGAGCUGCGCCGCGUUGCGCGAGCCGGCCCGAGGACUCCGGGGGCUGCCCCGCGAAGCGGGAGGCUGUCAUGGCGACCCUGGAAAAGCUGAUGAAGGCCUUCGAGUCCCUCAAGUCCUUUCAGCAGCAGCAGCAGCAGCAGCAGCAACCGCCGCCGCCGCCGCCGCCUCAGCCUCCGCCGCCGCAGUUGCAGCCGCCCCCGCCGCCGCCGCCCGGCCCGGCUGUGGCCGAGGAGCCGCUGCCCCGACCAAAGAAAGAACUCUCAGCUACCAAGAAAGACCGUGUGAAUCAUUGUCUGACAAUAUGUGAAAACAUAGUGGCACAGUCUCUCAGAAAUUCUCCAGAAUUUCAGAAACUUCUGGGCAUCGCUAUGGAACUUUUCCUGCUGUGCAGUGAUGAUGCGGAGUCAGAUGUCAGGAUGGUGGCUGACGAAUGCCUGAACAAAGUUAUCAAAGCUUUGAUGGAUUCUAAUCUUCCGAGGCUACAAUUAGAACUCUAUAAGGAAAUUAAAAAGAAUGGUGCCUCUCGAAGCCUGCGUGCUGCCCUGUGGAGAUUUGCAGAGCUGGCUCACCUGGUUCGGCCUCAGAAAUGCAGGCCUUACCUGGUGAACCUCCUGCCAUGCCUGACUCGAACAAGCAAGAGACCUGAGGAAUCAGUACAGGAGACCUUGGCUGCAGCUGUUCCCAAAAUCAUGGCUUCUUUUGGCAACUUUGCAAAUGACAAUGAAAUCAAGGUUCUGUUAAAGGCUUUUAUAGCAAAUCUGAAGUCAAGUUCACCCACUGUUCGGCGGACAGCAGCUGGCUCAGCAGUGAGCAUCUGUCAGCACUCUCGGAGGACACAGUACUUUUACAGCUGGCUCCUAAAUGUGCUCCUAGGUCUGCUGGUUCCUGUGGAGGAAGAACACCCCACGCUCCUGAUCCUUGGUGUGCUGCUCACAUUGAGGUAUCUGGUGCCCUUGUUGCAGCAGCAGGUCAAGGACACAAGCCUGAAAGGCAGCUUUGGGGUGACGCGGAAAGAGAUGGAAGUUUCUCCCUCUGCAGAGCAGCUUGUCCAGGUUUAUGAACUGACUUUGCAUCACACGCAGCACCAAGACCACAACGUGGUGACAGGGGCGCUGGAGCUCUUGCAGCAGCUCUUCCGCACACCCCCUCCAGAGCUGCUGCAAGCACUGACCACGCCAGGGGGCCUUGGGCAGCUUGCUGCGGCUCAGGAGGAUGCCCAGGGUCGAAGCCGCAGCAGGAGCAUUGUGGAACUUCUAGCUGGAGGGAGUUCUUCAUGCAGCCCUAUCCUUUCAAGAAAACAAAAAGGCAGAGUGCUCAUGGGAGAAGAAGAAGCCUUGGAGGAUGACUCGGAAUCCAGGUCUGAUGUCAGCAGCUCUGCUUUUGCAGCCUCUGUGAAGGGCGAGAUUGGUGGUGAGCUUGCUGCUGCUUCGGGGGUCUCUGCUCCUGGGUCUGUGGGUCAUGACAUCAUCACGGAGCAGCCACGGUCGCAGCACACGCUGCAGACGGACUCUGUGGAUCUGUCUGGCUGCGACUUGGCCAGCGCUGCCACUGACGGGGAUGAGGAGGACAUCUUGAGCCACAGCUCCAGCCAGGUCAGCGCUGUCCCAUCUGACCCUGCCGUGGAUCUGAACGAUGGGACCCAGGCCUCCUCGCCCAUCAGCGACAGCUCCCAGACCACCACUGAAGGGCCUGACUCAGCAGUCACCCCUUCUGACAGUUCUGAAAUUGUUUUAGACGGUGCUGACAGCCAGUCCUCGGGCAUGCAGCUCGGACUGCCGCAGGAGGAUGAGGAGGAAGCUGCAGGGGCUCUUCCUGAUGAGGCCUCGGAAGCCUUCAGGGGCUCCUCUCUGGCCCUUCAACAAGGUCAUUUAUUGGAAAGCAUGGGUCACAGCAGACAGCCUUCUGACAGCAGUGUGGAUAAGUUUGUAUCAAGAGAUGAAGCUGUUGAGUCUGCUGAUCAAGAAAACAAGCCUUGCCGAAUCAAAGGUGACAUAGGGCAGUCCACUGAUGAUGAUUCUGUCCCUCUGGUCCAUUGUGUCCGCCUUCUCUCUGCUUCAUUUUUGUUAACUGGGGGAAAAAAUGCCCUGGUUCCAGACAGGGACGUGAGGGUUAGUGUGAAGGCUCUGGCCCUCAGCUGUGUUGGGGCAGCUGUGGCUCUUCAUCCAGAGGCUUUCUUCAGCAAGCUGUAUAAAGUACCUCUCGACAUCACAGAGUGCCCUGAGGAACAGUAUGUGUCAGACAUCCUGAACUACAUCCACCAUGGAGACCCGCAGGUCAGAGGAGCCACUGCCAUUCUCUGUGGGACCCUCAUCUGCUCUAUCCUCAGUAGGUCCCGCUUCCAUGUGGGCGACUGGCUGGGCACCAUUAGAACCCUGACAGGAAAUAAAUUUUCUCUGGUGGACUGCAUUCCUCUGCUGCGGAAAACUUUGAAGGAUCAGUCUUCUGUUACUUGCAAGUUGGCUUGUACUGCUGUGAGGCUCUGUGUCAUGAGUCUCUGCAGCAGCAGCCACAGUGACCUAGGGCUGCAGCUGCUCAUUGAUGUGCUGGCGCUGAGGAGUAGCUCCUACUGGCUGGUGAGAACAGAGCUCUUGGAGACUCUUGCAGAGAUGGACUUCAGGCUGGUGAGCUUUUUGGAGGCAAAAGCAGAAGCCUUACACAGAGGAGCUCAUCAUUAUACAGGGCUUUUAAAACUGCAAGAACGAGUGCUCAAUAAUGUUGUCAUCUAUUUGCUUGGGGAUGAAGACCCCCGGGUGCGACAUGUUGCCGCAGCAGCAUUAGUAAGGCUUGUCCCAAAGCUGUUUUAUAAAUGUGACCAAGGACAGGCUGAUCCAGUGGUGGCCGUGGCAAGAGAUCAAAGCAGUGUUUACCUGAAACUCCUCAUGCACGAGACGCAGCCUCCAUCUCACUUCUCCGUCAGCACCAUAACCAGACUCUAUAGAGGCUAUAGCUUAUUGCCAAACAUAACAGACGUCACUCUGGAAGGAAACCUCUCGAGAGUGAUUGCUGCAGUGUCUCACGAGCUCAUCACCUCAACCACACGGGCGCUCACAUUUGGCUGCUGUGAAGCUUUGAGUCUUCUUUCCACGGCCUAUCCAGCUUGCAUCUGGAGUUCAGGGUGGCAUUGUGGGGUGCCCCCACUGAGUGCCUCUGAGGAGUCCAGGAGGAGCUGCACUGUGGGGAUGGCCACCAUGAUGCUUACCCUGCUCUCCUCAGCUUGGUUCCCCCUGGAUCUCUCAGCCCAUCAAGAUGCUUUGGUUUUGGCCGGAAACUUGCUUGCAGCCAGCGCCCCCAAAUCUCUGAGAAGUUCAUGGACCUCCGAAGAAGAAGCCAACCCAGCAGCCAUCAGACAGGAGGAAGUCUGGCCUGCUCUGGGGGACCGGACCCUGGUGCCCAUGGUGGAGCAUCUUUUCUCUCACCUGCUGAAGGUGAUCAAUAUCUGUGCCCAUGUGUUGGAUGAUGUGGCUCCUGGGCCAGCAAUCAAGGCAGCCUUGCCUUCUCUAACAAAUCCCCCUUCUCUAAGUCCCAUUCGACGAAAGGGAAAGGAGAAGGAACCAGGAGAACAAGCAUCUGCUCCGCUGAGUCCCAAGAAAAGCAGUGAGUCCAGUGCAGCCUCACGACAAUCCGACACCUCAGGGCCUGUCACAGCAAGUAAAUCCUCCUCCUUGGGGAGUUUCUACCAUCUCCCUUCGUACCUCAAAUUGCACGACGUCCUGAAAGCUACACAUGCCAACUACAAGGUCACCUUGGAUCUUCAGAACAGCACUGAGAAGUUUGGGGGGUUUCUGCGCUCAGCCCUGGAUGUUCUUUCUCAGAUUCUAGAGCUGGCGACACUGCAGGACAUUGGGAAGUGUGUGGAAGAGAUCCUUGGAUACCUGAAGUCCUGCUUUAGCCGAGAACCCACAAUGGCGACUGUUUGUGUUCAGCAGCUGCUGAAGACUCUCUUUGGAACAAACCUAGCUUCCCAAUUUGAUGGCUUCUCCUCUAACCCCAGCAAAUCUCAAGGCCGAGCACAGCGUCUUGGCUCCUCCAGCAUGAGGCCAGGCUUGUAUCAUUACUGCUUCAUGGCUCCCUACACCCACUUCACGCAGGCCUUGGCAGACGCCAGCCUGAGGAACAUGGUGCAGGCAGAGCAGGAGCAUGACACCUCGGGAUGGUUUGAUGUACUCCAGAAAGUGUCCACUCAAUUGAAGACAAACCUCACAAGCGUCACGAAGAACCGAGCAGAUAAGAAUGCCAUUCACAACCACAUUCGUCUCUUCGAGCCUCUUGUUAUUAAAGCUUUGAAGCAAUACACCACAACGACAUCUGUGCAAUUACAGAGGCAGGUUUUGGAUUUGUUGGCACAGCUGGUUCAGCUCCGGGUCAAUUAUUGUCUUCUGGAUUCGGAUCAGGUGUUCAUUGGAUUUGUCCUGAAGCAGUUUGAGUACAUUGAAGUGGGCCAGUUCAGGGAAUCAGAGGCAAUUAUUCCAAACAUCUUUUUCUUCCUGGUGUUACUGUCUUACGAACGCUAUCAUUCAAAACAGAUCAUUGGAAUUCCUAAAAUCAUUCAACUCUGUGAUGGCAUCAUGGCCAGUGGCAGGAAGGCUGUGACACAUGCCAUCCCAGCUCUGCAACCCAUAGUCCACGACCUCUUUGUGUUGAGAGGAACAAAUAAAGCUGAUGCUGGGAAAGAGCUUGAAACUCAGAAGGAGGUGGUGGUGUCAAUGCUGUUGAGACUCAUCCAGUACCACCAGGUGCUGGAGAUGUUCAUCCUUGUCCUGCAGCAGUGCCACAAGGAGAACGAGGACAAGUGGAAACGGCUGUCACGGCAGGUGGCGGACAUCAUCCUGCCCAUGUUGGCCAAGCAGCAGAUGCACAUCGACUCUCAUGAAGCCCUUGGGGUGUUAAAUACUGUAUUUGAGAUUUUGGCCCCUUCCUCCCUUCGCCCUGUGGACAUGCUUCUGCGCAGCAUGUUUGUCACUCCAAGCACAAUGGCAGCUGUGAGCACUGUCCAACUUUGGAUAUCUGGAAUCCUGGCCAUUCUGAGAGUUCUGAUUUCCCAGUCAACAGAAGAUAUUGUUCUUUCUCGUAUUCAGGAGCUCUCCUUCUCUCCAUUUCUAAUCUCCUGCCCAGUGAUUAACAGAUUAAGAGAUGGGGACAGUACUUCAACACCAGAGGAACACAGUGAAGGGAAGCAAAUGAAACAUUUGCCAGAAGAAACAUUCUCAAGGUUUCUGUUACAACUGGUUGGUAUUCUCUUAGAGGACAUCGUUACAAAACAGCCCAAAGUGGAAAUGAGUGAACAGCAGCACACUUUCUAUUGUCAAGAAUUAGGCACACUGCUGAUGUGUCUGAUCCACAUCUUCAAGUCUGGAAUGUUCCGGCGAAUCACAGCUGCUGCCACAAGACUCUUCACCAGUGACGGCUGUGAGGGCAGUUUCUACAGCCUGGAGGGCCUGAAUGGGCGUGUGCGCUCCAUGGUGCCCACGCACCCAGCCCUGGUGUUGCUCUGGUGUCAGAUCCUGUUGCUCGUCAAUCACACAGACCACCGCUGGUGGGCAGAAGUGCAGCAGACACCCAAGAGACACAGUCUGUCCUGUACCAAGUCGCUUAGUCCCCAGAUAACUGGUGAGGAGGAGGAGUCUGACUCGGCAGCCCAACUUGGAAUGUGCAAUAGAGAAGUCGUGCGGAGAGGGGCGCUGAUUCUCUUCUGUGAUUAUGUCUGUCAGAACCUGCAUGACUCGGAGCACUUAACGUGGCUCAUCGUGAAUCACAUUCAGGAUCUGAUCAGCCUGUCGCAUGAACCUCCAGUGCAGGACUUCAUUAGUGCCAUUCAUCGGAAUUCUGCUGCUAGUGGUCUUUUCAUCCAGGCCAUUCAGUCUCGUUGUGAAAAUCUUUCAGCUCCAACCACUCUGAAGAAAACGCUCCAGUGCUUGGAAGGCAUCCACCUCAGCCAGUCAGGCGCAGUGCUCACACUGUACGUGGACAGGCUCCUGUGCACCCCUUUCCGUGCUCUGGCUCGCAUGGUUGACACCCUGGCCUGUCGCCGGGUAGAAAUGCUUUUGGCUGCAAAUUUACAGAGCAGCACGGCCCAGUUGCCAGUGGAAGAACUGAACAGAAUCCAGGAACACCUCCAGAGCAGUGGGCUUGCACAGAGACACCAAAGGCUCUAUUCCCUGCUGGACAGGUUCCGUCUGUCCACUGUACAAGACUCUCUUAGCCCCUUGCCCCCAGUCACCUCGCACCCCUUAGACGGGGAUGGACACAUGCCAUUGGAAACAGUGAGUCCAGACAAAGACUGGUAUAUUCGCCUUGUCAGGUCCCAGUGUUGGGCCAAGUCAGACACCGCGCUGCUAGAAGGUGCAGAACUAGUGAAUCGCAUUCCUGCCGAAGACAUGAGCAGCUUCAUGAUGAGCUCGGAGUUCAACCUAAACCUGUUGGCUCCAUGUUUAAGCCUUGGCAUGAGUGAAAUUGCUGGUGGCCAGAAGAGUCCCCUUUUCAAAGCAGCCCGGGGAGUGACUCUGGACCAUGUGACCAGCAUCGUUCAGCGGCUUCCUGCUGUCCAUCAAGUCUUCCAGCCCUUCCAGCCUGCAGAGCCCACGGCCUAUUUGAAUAAACUGAACGAUCUAUUUGGGGAUGCUGCAUUGUACCAGUCCCUGACCACACUGGCCCGGGCCCUGGCACAGUACUUGGUGGUGAUCUCCAAAGUGCCUGUCCAUUUGCAACUUCCUUCUGAGAAGGAGAGGGACACGGUAAAGUUCGUGGUGAUGACCAUGGAGGCCCUGUCGUGGCAUCUGAUCCACGAGCAGAUCCCUCUAAGUCUGGACCUCCAAGCAGGGCUGGACUGCUGCUGCCUGGCCCUGCAGCUACCUGGCCUUUGGAGUGUGAUCUCCUCCGCAGAGUUUGUGACCCACGCCUGCUCCCUCAUCCACUGCGUGCGAUUCCUCCUGGAAGCCAUUGCAGUGCAGCCUGGAGACCAGCUUCUUAGUCCAGAAAGCAGGACCACUACUCUGAGGACUGUCAGAGAGGAGGAAGUAGAUUCAGACACACAGAAUCCCAAGUAUAUCACCACAGCCUGUGAGAUGGUGGCGGAGAUGGUGGAGUCCCUGCAGUCAGUGCUGGCCCUGGGCCACCAGAGGAACAGCAGCGUGCCAGCAUUUCUCACAGCAGUACUCAAGAAUAUCGUGGUCAGCCUGGCCCGCUUGCCGCUGGUCAACAGCUACACACGCGUGCCCCCCUUGGUGUGGAAACUUGGAUGGUCGCCCCAGCCAGGAGGGGACUUUGGCACAGUGUUCCCCGAGAUCCCAGUGGAGUUCCUGCAGGAGAAGGAGGUCUUCAAAGAAUUCAUCUACCGCAUCAACACUCUCGGGUGGACCAGUCGUACACAGUUUGAAGAAACUUGGGCUACCCUCCUUGGUGUCCUGGUGACCCAGCCCCUUGUGAUGGAACAGGAAGAGAGCCCACCGGAGGAGGACACAGAAAGGACCCAGAUCCACGUCCUGGCUGUGCAGGCCAUCACCUCCCUGGUGCUCAGUGCAAUGACUGUGCCUGUCGCUGGCAACCCAGCUGUGAGCUGCUUGGAGCAGCAGCCCCGGAACAAGCCCCUGAAGGCUCUUGAUACCAGGUUUGGAAGGAAGUUGAGCAUGAUCAGAGGGAUUGUGGAGCAGGAGAUUCAAGCAAUGGUGUCCAAGAGAGAGAAUAUCGCCACCCAUCACCCAUACCAGGCCUGGGAUCCUGUCCCUUCUCUGUCACCAGCUACUACAGGUGCCCUCAUCAGCCAUGACAAGCUGCUGCUGCAGAUCAACCCCGAGCGAGAGCUGGGCAACAUGAGCUACAAGCUGGGCCAGGUUUCCAUACACUCCGUGUGGCUGGGUAACAGUAUCACACCCCUACGAGAGGAGGAGUGGGAUGAGGAAGAGGAGGAGGAGGCUGACGUCCCUACGCCGGCUUCUCCACCCACAUCUCCAGUCAACUCCAGGAAGCACCGGGCUGGAGUUGAUGUCCAUUCCUGUUCCCAGUUUUUGCUUGAACUGUACAGCCGCUGGAUCCUGCCGUCCAGUUCAGCCAGAAGGACCCCCGUCAUGCUCAUCAGUGAAGUGGUUCGAUCUCUUCUCGUGGUCUCUGACUUGUUCACUGAGCGCAACCAAUUUGAGAUGAUGUAUCUGACGCUGAUGGAACUGCGGAGGGUGCACCCUUCUGAAGACGAGAUUCUCCUCCAGUACCUAGUGCCUGCCACCUGCAAGGCGGCUGCUGUCCUGGGAAUGGACAAGGCUGUGGCAGAGCCAGUCAGCCGCCUGCUGGAGGGCACACUCAGGAGCAGCCACCUGCCCAGCCAGAUUGGAGCCCUCCACGGAGUCCUCUAUGUACUGGAGUGCGAUCUUCUGGACGACACGGCCAAGCAGCUCGUCCCCUUUGUCAGCGACUACCUCCUGUCUAACCUCCGAGGAGCAGCCCACUGCGUGAAUGUGCACAGCCAGCAGCACGUGUUGGUGAUGUGUGCCACUGCAUUCUACCUGAUGGAGAACUAUCCUCUGGACGUGGGGCCAGAGUUUUCAGCAUCAGUGAUACAGAUGUGUGGGGUGAUGCUGUCUGGCAGCGAGGAGGCCACUCCUUCCACUAUCUACCACUGUGCCCUCCGAGGACUGGAGCGCCUCCUGCUCUCUGAGCAGCUCUCCCGGUUGGAUGCAGAAUCCCUGGUCAAGCUGAGUGUGGACAGAGUGAACGUGCAUAGCCCACACCGGGCCAUGGCGGCCCUGGGCCUGAUGCUUACCUGCAUGUACACAGGAAAGGAGAAAGCCAGCCCUGGUAGAGCCUCUGACCCAAACCCUGUGGCCCCCGACAGCGAGUCUGUGAUCGUGGCUAUGGAGCGGGUGUCUGUUCUUUUCGAUAGGAUCAGGAAGGGCUUUCCCUGUGAAGCCAGGGUGGUGGCCAGGAUCCUGCCUCAGUUCCUGGAUGACUUCUUCCCACCCCAGGAUGUCAUGAACAAAGUCAUUGGAGAGUUUCUGUCCAAUCAGCAGCCAUACCCACAGUUCAUGGCCACUGUGGUCUACAAGGUAUUUCAGACUCUGCACAGUGCUGGGCAGUCAUCCAUGGUCCGGGACUGGGUCAUGCUGUCUCUGUCCAACUUCACGCAGAGGACCCCAGUCGCCAUGGCCAUGUGGAGCCUCUCCUGCUUCUUUGUCAGUGCGUCUACCAGCCCGUGGGUUUCGGCAAUCCUUCCACACGUCGUCAGCAGGAUGGGCAAGCUGGAGCAGGUGGACGUGAACCUUUUCUGCCUGGUUGCCACAGACUUCUACAAACAUCAGAUAGAGGAGGAACUCGACCGGAGGGCUUUCCAGUCUGUGUUUGAGGUGGUCGCGGCACCGGGGAGCCCGUACCACCGACUGCUGACUUGCUUGCGAAAUGUCCACAAGGUCACCACCUGCUGAGAGCUUGUGGAGGCAGAGGCCAAGCAGAGGUGGCCACUGGGGCCAGGGCUUAUGGGAGCCUGCACCAAGCGCCCUGUCUCUCAGGGGCUGCCUUGGGCACCGUGGCUCUGGCUUGGGUCUUGCAGGCAGCCGGCCAGCCGUGUGUGUGUCUUUGCCCUGUGGCAGAAGCUCUUGGCAGUGUGGGUCCUGGGUAGGGAACAUGCAGUCUAGUGGGGCUGAGCCUGAGUCCUGUGUCGCUGUCCUCAUUGCAGCUGGUGGCAAUGCCUGUCGACCAGGUGUUUGUCUUUCUCCUAGCUUUCACCUGUACCUCGUCACCAAGUCACAGCUGCCCUUGCGUCCAGGAUGUAAGUCCUUGCCCUUGCAAGUUGGCCCUGAGCCCACUCUGUCCCAUGGGUGGAACGUUGGCAGCAGCCUGAAGAGCAACCCACAGCCCUGUCCAGCAGGGCACCUGCCACCGGAGUCUAGCUGCACAGGCGCUGUGUUGCGUGGCAGCUGGGAGCUGGGGGUGCCAGACGCCCAGUGCCCUUCUCCCUUUUCUCUGUUUUCUUCUCAGGACUUAAAAUUUAAUUAUAUCAGUAAAGAGAUUAAUUUUAACGUAACUCUUCCUAUGCCCGUGUAAAGCGUGUGACUUGGUGAGGGCUGUGCUGCAUGUAACAGCACCUGUGGAGUGGAAUCCUCCAGCUGGCAGGUCCCUCCCGUGCCCUUCUCAUACCUGACAGCACUUGGUUGCACGUCUCCCCCCUUUUCACACAUUCACAUCUGGUUAGAAUGAUGGAGGUGCUGGUAUCCAGGUGUCUGCAGCAGAAGUCCUCCCUGGGGCUGCUCUGAGGCCUGAGGAGAGCUCUCCUCCCACUCAUAAGGGACGUGGUUUCCCUGUCACCCUGCCUGGCUCUGAGUGGCCUCCACUGCAUCCAGAAUUGCCAGCUCUGACAACUGCAGCCCAGUCCUGAGCUGGCCCCAGGCUGUGGCCUACUGGCGCUGGAUGUGCCGACCUCUUGCUGCUUCUGCACAGUGGGGCCCAGACGGGGGGCCUGGCCUGGCAGCCUCAUGGGUGUCUCUGACCUAUACCUUGUCUGCCCCGCCCCCCCCUUGGUCUAGAGCAAAGCUCAGUGUCUUGGCAGCUGCAAGACACCUCUUCCCCUUUCUCGCAUCAUGCAUGGGGGCCCUUCCAGCCCAGGAAUAGGGCUUGAUCUCAGGCAGGAUGAGGUAGUACCGAGGGAAGGGUCAGUGAGUGGUCAGCUCCACAUCCCCGUCAGCCACCACUUGUGUCGCAGGCCCUGGGUUCCUGAACCAGCUUCCUGUUUCCAGGCCUAAAAUAGCCAAACUGUUGAAAUGAAAUGAAAACCCUGGAUAGUGAGAUGCCCUUGGCUCACUGGCGUGCUUUGAGCACUCUGCUUGCUGCUGGGCCGUGCCCAGGUAGGCGCUUUGCCUCCCAGUUCCCAGGAGGCAAGCCUGGCUAGUCUGGUGUCAGUGGUGCUGGUUGAUUGCUCUUGAUGGUUGGUGUUCCAGGUGUUUACUGUGGCAAGCGGGGGUCGUUCGGAGGUGUUCUGGAGCCUGCAGAGGAGGAGAAAUCUUUCAGUCUGUGCAGUCCGUUGACUGCACAUCGGUCUGUGGGCUGCUAUCUUGAGGCCCUGAGCCUCCUUCCAUUUCCUGCAAAGGGCAGCCGGGGUGCAGGGCACACAGUGCAUCAGAAGAGUCCAUCCGAGCCACUGCCUCAGCCACCGUGAGGCUUCCCCACGCUGGGAUCACCCAUCCUGGUGCCAGUGCAGCAGAAAGGGUAGAAAUGGAUCUGGUUUUAGAGGAGAAUCUUAAGGGAAGCUACAGAAUCUGUGUGACAAGUAGGAAAGUCACCAGCUCUCCCUUAGCGAUUUGGGCCUCACGUUUCUUGUCCCAGCGUCCCCUGGUCCUGCCAUCACGGAAGCUCUGCCCGCCCCCGGGCUGUUCAGCUUGUGCAGAAGCACUGGAGGGAGACUGCUCCUGGCUACAUGUUUACAUUUGUGAGAAGCAGCACUGUGAAUGUGACAUUUGGGGCCACCCCCGUGGGAUUCUUACUACUGGGCUCUACAAGGUUUAGUUGGCCACCUCCACGUUUACCCUGUGAUCUGAAACCCAGCUCUGGUGACGAUGCAACCCAAACACCUUCCUGUGUGUGCGUGGAGUCCAUGAGAGAAGCUGUCGCACCCAUGCAGAGGUACGCAGGUACAGGCACAAGUCCAGACCCAUAGUUUUAUUUACACACACACACUUCGAGACAAAUAUGCAAGGCCUCCAAGAAUGCGGUGUCCGUUCUGCCUGGAGGUGGACCUUUCUUAAAGACCUGCCGAGGAGUCGGCGGUGUGGCUCCAGCCCCUCAGAGUGGGCCUCGGCGAGCCCUACUGCAGAAAGCCGCCCUCCCUGUCAGCUCUGCAGAAGGCUUGCACUUCAUCAAGCUCCUCCUAGUCUGCAGCUUUCCAGAUGUUGUUGAAAGUGUCAUUUUGAUUGUUAAGGUUUUGAGGGGAGGGUGGGUUAUUGUUUUCCUGCUGGUACUAUCAGGAAAGAUUUUAAUGAAACCAGGGUAGAAUUAUUUGGCAAUGCACUUAAGCAUGUUUUCUUCUCCAAAAAUGUGCCUCCCUUCCACUGAUGGCCCCAUACGGAGGUGACUUUCCAACUGCCGAGGGCCCUUUAUUGUUCUCUCCUUUUGGCCUGCACAUGUGCCCUUCAGGAGGAAAGACUGGAGUGGAAACACCUCCAGAUGCGGAAUGUAGCCUCAGGGAAGGCUCCUCCCCUGAAGGGCCCCUUGGCCAUCGGGGAGCUCCUCCAGAUGACCUGGGGCUGCCCUGCCUGGAGCUCGGCUGGUGGGUCUCAGCAAUAAGUUAGUUCACGCCAGCCGUAGCCCAGGAGGCCCAGCGCCCCCCACCCCCAGUGAGGGGAUCUGGAGUGACCGAGCUCGUGGGUGGGAUUGUGGGGGUGGAACUCAUUUCCUCUUGUUAGCUGUGAGCAUCCUUCCUAUCAGAUGGCAUCCUCGCUUGGGCUUUGUCCCUCCCUCCCUCUGUGCUGGGUGCCUGGGACCAUCGCCACCAACCUGGAUGAACUGAGAUCUGCCCUCUGGGCAAAGAAAAGACCUCGAGUUGCUGAGGCUGGGUGGGCGGUGCGGGCUGGCACAGGUGAGAGAGGACUGUCCCACACUGGGCCUGGAGCUGCCGGGAAGGAAGGACUUGCUCUGAGAGCCAUGUGACAACUGAACGCGACGCGACGCGGAAGGUUCAGGGCCAUCUUCCCCUUGUGCCUGUCGUGCUUUAAUGCCGUCCAGGGAGCCCCUUCCCUCUGCCCCAGGCUGGAUGGAGGGACCUGCCUGCAAUGGUUUGUCUCCCGUCUAGGGCCUCCAUCGGGCCUGCUGUUCACGUUGUGGGCUCUGCUGGGCCAACAGGGCAGUGAUGGGCCAGUCCCGGAGCCCAGCCCAGACCUGACUGUGCACUGCCGAGAGGAAGGACUGAUGUGAGAUGUAUAUUUACAUUUUUUAAACUGCUGCAAAAAUUGUAUAUCCAAAUUAAAGGAACAAUGAAACCAUUCACA